AUGGCUUCUUCUCCUUCCACCACUCUCUCCGACCUCCCUGACGUCAUCUUAUCCAACAUUUGCGCUCUCGUCUCCGAUUCCCGAGCUCGCAACUCUCUCUCCCUCGUCUCCCACAAAUUCCUCGCCCUCGAGAGAUCAACUCGCUCUCACCUCACUCUCCGUGGCAACGCUCGCGAUCUCCACCUCCUCCCCGACUGCUUCCGAUCUGUAUCUCACCUCGAUCUCUCUAACCUCUCCCCAUGGGGUCACUCUCUUCUCGCCACUCUGCCAAUUGAUCACCAGAACCUUCUCGCUCUCCGUCUCCAGCUCUGUUUCCCUUCCGUCGAGUCUCUCACCGUCUACUCCCGAUCGCCGACUUCUCUCGAGCUGUUACUCCCUCAAUGGCCCCGAAUUCGCCACAUCAAGCUCGUCCGAUGGCACCAGCGCGCUUCUCAGAUCCCCUUAGGCGGCGAUUUCGUCCCAAUCUUCGAGCACUGCGGUUUGCUGGAAUCUCUCGAUCUCUCCGCCUUCUACCACUGGACCGAGGACUUGCCUCCGGUUCUCCACCGCUACGCUGACGUGGCGGCGAGGCUCAGUCGAUUGGAUCUCCUCACGGCGUCCUUCACCGAGGGAUACAAAUCGAGCGAAAUCGCUGACAUCACCAAAGCCUGCCCUAAUUUGAGGGAUUUCCGUGUAGCUUGCACGUUCGAUCCCAGAUACUUCGAAUUCGUCGGAGACGAGACUCUCUCCGCCGUAGCCGCCAAUUGCCCUAAACUAACGCAUCUCCACAUGGUCGACACAGCGUCGCUAUCAACCCCUAGAGCAAUUUCAGGUAACGAAACCGGCGAUUCCGCCGUCACGGCGGGGACGCUGAUCGAGGUUUUCUCAGCUUUGCCGCAUUUAGAGGAGCUUGUGCUUGACGUAGGGAAGAACGUGAAUCUCAGCGGUGUGGCGUUAGAGGCGUUAAACUCGAAAUGCAAGAAGCUACGAGCUUUGAAGCUGGGACAAUUCCAAGGGGUCGUCUCCGCCACAGAUUGGCGUAUCGACGGCGUGGCUUUAUGCGGAGGAUUGCAGUCGCUGUCGAUAAAGAACUCCGGCGAUUUGACUGAUAUGGGUUUGGUGGCUAUAGGGAGAGGUUGUUGUAAGCUGAGUAAGUUUGAGAUUCAAGGGUGUGACAAUGUAACAGUGAAGGGACUAAGAACAAUGGUCACUCUGCUAAGAAAGACUCUCACUGAUGUGAGAAUCUCCUGCUGCAAGAAUCUUGAUACAACCGCUUCGUUGAAGGCGAUUGAGCCGAUUUGUGAUCGGAUCAAGAAGCUUCACAUUGAUUGCGUUUGGUCUGGUGCAAAGGGAGAAGAAGAAAGAGGGGAAGCAAGCGAGACUAACCACGAGGAUGUUGAUGGUGAGGAGAGGAGUUUGAAGAGGUGCAAGUAUUCUUCACCGGAUGGUUUCUGUUCUGAAGACAGAGUAUGGGAGAAGCUUGAGUAUCUAUCUUUAUGGAUAAGCGUUGGAGAGUUUCUGACGCCAUUGCCAAUGACCGGUUUAGACGAUUGUCCCAAUUUGGAAGAGAUAAGGAUCAAGAUUGAAGGAGACUGCAGAGGGAAACGCAAACCAGCUGAGCCGGAGCUCGGUUUAAGCUGUCUCGCUCUCUAUCCAAAGCUAUCAAAGAUGCAACUAGACUGCGGAGACACAAUCGGUUACGCGUUAACCGCACCGCCGAUGCAGAUGGAUUUAAGCUUGUGGGAGAGAUUCUUCUUAACCGGGAUCGGUAACUUGAGCUUGAGCGAGCUUGAUUAUUGGCCGCCGCAGGACAGAGAUGUUAACCAGAGGAGUCUGUCGCUUCCUGGUGCUGGGUUGUUGCAAGAGUGCUUGUCUCUGAGGAAGCUUUUCAUUCAUGGAACAGCUCAUGAGCAUUUCAUGAACUUUUUGUUGAGGAUCCCGAACUUGAGAGACGUGCAGCUUAGAGAAGACUAUUAUCCGGCGCCGGAGAAUGAUAUGAGCACGGAGAUGAGAGAUGGUUCUUGUAGACGGUUCGAGGACCAGUUGAACAGCCGCAUCAUCAUUGACUGA